AAUAUAUUUAUAAAAGAAUUUAAAGCCUAAUAACAUAUUUCAUUAUGUCAUAUACUAAAAAUAAAUCAAUUAAUAAUGCACUUAAGAGAUCAUAUGCAAUAAUAGAUUACAAUAUUCAUAAUGAUAUACACAAAAGACAUGAAUUUAGAAAACAAACAAUUCUUAAUGAUGAAUCACUUACGGAAAAUGAAAAAUCUGAAGCAAUAAAAAUAAUAACUCUAAUUUAUGAUUAUAACAAACUUUGUUUUAAUAAAGGAACAAAAAGAAUUUGUGAAAAUUGUAAUCAAGAAUGUUUAGCUACAAUGUAUUGUGAAAUUUGUGUUCGAAAUUAUUUAAAAGCAAAAUUUUCAAAUUGGACAUCUGGAAAUGAUAUUAUUGAUAAUUUAAUAAAAGAAUGUCAAAUGAAGACAAUUGACCCAGGACUAAUACCAGAAUGGAUUCCAUAUAAUAAUUUACAAAAUAUUAAAUAUCUAACAGAAGGUGGAUUUUCAGAAAUUUAUACAGCAGAAUGGGUUAAUAAUGGAGGUUAUGAUAAAUGGGAUUCUAAAAAACAACAAUUAAAAAGACGUGGAGAAUCUGGAUUUGUACAAAUUGCGGUACUUAAAAAAUUAGAAAAUGUUGAAAAUGCAAAUCAAAAUUGGCUUGAAGAGGCUAAAUCACAUUUAAAUAUAAGCAAUAAAUGGAGUGAGAUUGUCCAAUGUUAUGGAUUAACACAAGAUCCAUCAAAUGGAAAUUAUAUGCUUAUAAUGAAUAAGUUGGAUAUAGAUUUAAGAAAAUAUUUACAACAAAAUCAUAAUCAACUUACAUGGAAAGAAAGAAUACAAAUUAUUACUGAUAUAACUCUUGCACUUGCAAGAAUUCAUAAAGAAAAUGCAAUUCAUAGAGAUCUGCAUUCUGGAAAUAUAUUAUUUAGAAUUAAUCAAAAAUUCUUAAUAAGUGAUCUUGGAUUUUGUGGACCUGCAGAUAAACCAUCAAAAAGUAUAUAUGGAAAUCUUCCUUAUAUAGCACCUGAGGUUAUUAUUGGAGAGCAGACUUUUAAAUCUGAUCUUUAUAGUAUUGCAAUGCUUAUGUGGGAAAUUUCAUCUGGAAAACCACCAUUCAUUGAUCGUGAACAUGAUUAUGAUCUUGCCAUGAAUAUUGUUAAUGGUAUAAGACCUAAAAUUGUACAAGGAACUCCUUUAGAAUAUAAAAAUUUAAUGAAACAAUGUUGGGAUGCUGAUCCAUCAAAAAGACCUGAUAUUGUUACACUUGAUAAUAAAAUAAGUGAAAUUAAUUUAUCUUAUCAAAGUAAAUCAAAUGAAUCAUUAACUCAACCAGAAGAAAAUAAUAAUUCUGAAAUGGAAAAUCAUACUAGCAGUAGCAAAGUAUUUACAAGUAGUAAACUUCAUCAAUUUGAUAAUCUUCCUGAACCAAGAAAUGCAACAGAAGAAGAGCAAGAAGCAUUUCAUAGUAAUAAAUCAUAUGAUUUUCAUAUUCCUGAAAAUAUUGAUGAUUUUAACAAAUUAAGUAGUAAGAAAAAUAGUAUUUCAAAAACAAGUAACAUAUUUAAAGAUAUGCAAAAUGAUUAUAAGAUUGAAGCAAUGCAACAGCAAACAAUGAAUCAUCAAAUUAAAGAUAACGACGAAGAUGAGAUGUAUAACAAUCCAAAUCUUCAUUCAGAAGAACAAGAUGAAUUUGAACUUCCUGACAAUAAUCAUAUCCAAUAUUACAAAUAUUCAGACUUUAGGAGUAUAAAACAGUUAGGAAGUGGUACAUCUGCAAGCGUCUAUUGUGCUAACUGGAAAAGUCUUGAUACUAUUUACGCUUUAAAGACUUUUCAUAAGAAUUCACUUAAAGAAAUUGUUAAUGGGAUAAAAAUACAUCGUAGAGUUAAUGAUCAUCAGAAUAUAAUAAAAUUUUUUGGAGUUUCAAAGAAAGAAACCGAUAAAAUUCCUGAAUAUUCUUUGGUAUUGGAAUAUGCAGAUAGUGGAACAUUGAAUACCUAUUUAAAUGAACACUUUAAUAAACUCGAAUGGGAUGAUAAACUUGAAUUGGCGUUACAAUUAGCAAAUGCUGUAUUGUGCUUACAUGAGAAUGAUAUAAUACAUUGCGAUUUGCAUGCAAGCAAUAUACUUGUACAUCAAAAAACCAUUAAGUUAUCAGACUUUGGCUUAUCGAAAAACAAUUCUGAAGAAUCAAGUAUUAAGACGUCAAAGAUGGGUGUACUACCUUAUAUGGACCCAAGUUGUUUCGAUGAUAAAAGUUACGAAUUAAAUAAAAAAUCUGAUGUGUAUAGCAUUGGAGUCCUCAUGUGGCAAAUUUCAAGUGGACGUCAACCAUUCAGACAAUUUUGUCUCGAUUCAGCUGCAUUAAUCAUAAAGAUAAAAGAAGGGAAAAGAGAAAAAAUUGUUGACGGUACACCUAUUGGGUAUAGUAAUCUAUACACUAGUAAAUGUUGGGAAGCUAAACAUGAAGAACGUCCAAAUGUAUUAGAAGUUGUUUCAACUCUUCGGUCGAUUAUUGAUUAUGAUGCAUUAAAAGUUGGUUCAACCCGUCAAUCGAUUAUUUUCUUAACAAGAAAUAAUGGAAAUACUAUUGAUGUAACGAAUUCUAAUAAAAACUCACUAUCGAGCAAUGAAACGGCAGAUACAAAUAUGAUAAAUCUAGUCAUUAAUGAUAUGAUUAGAUCGUUAUCAAUUCAUGAAGUUGAUUCUACAAAAUAUGUAAGUUGUUCAACAACCAUUUCAAGUGAAACAAAAGAAUUAUUAACAGAUUUUUUUGAGUUAAAAAUAAAUCAUAUAAAUGAUAUUAUUAAAAUUAUUAUUAAAGAACACGAUAAAGGUACCACUUUUGAUCAAAUUCAGAAACAUAUCAGUCAACAAAUGUUACAAUUUAGUACUGAUGAAAAAAUUAUAGAUUGGUUAAAAAAUCAAGAUAAAGGAGCACAAUAUAUUUGGUUUUUAGGAUUAUUUUACUUUUAUAAUAUAUAUACAGACAAUACAAAUGAAGUAUUUCGAUUAUUUUCAGAAGCAUCAAUAUGUAAUUUUCCAUUAGCUCAAGUCUAUCUUGCUAAAUGUUAUAGCGAUGGUUACGGUACUAAGCAGAACAAAUAUUUAGCAUUCAAAUCAUAUGAAAAAUCUGCAAAUAAUAAAAGUAUUGCUGGGCAAUAUUAUUUGGAAUGUUGUUAUGAGUUCGGUAUUGGAACUGAAAGAGAUGAGGUGAAAGCAUUUUAUUGGUAUGAACAGGCUGCUAAUUAUGAUAACGUAAUUGCAAAACUUUACCUCGCAAAUUGUUAUAGAGUAGGAAAAGGUGUUGAAGAGGAUCAUAUUAAGGCAUUUAAAUAUUACAAGAUAUUAGCUAAACAAGGAAUUCCUGAUGCACAAUAUCAACUUGGAUAUUGCUAUGAUAAUGGAAUUGGAACAAAAGAAGAUAUAAAGUCAGCUAUUGAUUGGUAUGAAAAAGCAAAAAAAAAUGGAAAUAUUGCUGCAAAUGAAAUUCUUGCAGCAAAUAACGGAAACAAAGUUGCACUGUAUCAUUUAGGAGAUUGUUAUAGAACAGGAAAUGGUGUGAAAAAAAAUUUAAUAAAAGCGUUUGAGUUAUACAAAGAAUCAGCCGAGCAUUGUAUUGAUGGAAAAUUUCGACUUGCUAUAUGUUUUUCUGAAGGGAUUGGACCUGAUUUUAACAAAGUAAAUGCAAUCGUAUUAUAUAAAAUUGCUGCCCGUGAAGGAAUAAGUGAAGCCCAAAAUAAUCUCGGAAAUUUAUAUUUGAAUGGCAACUAUAUAAAACCGAAUUUAGAAGAGGCCGUUAAAUUGUUUGAGAAAGCAGCGGAAAACGGGGACAAAGUUGCGCAGUAUAAUUUGGCUAGAUGUUAUGGAACAGUUGCAUACUAUUAUGAUAAUGGAAUUGGAACUAAACAAAAUAAAGAAAAGGCAUUUAAAUUAUAUGAAAAAGCGGCUAAAAAAGGAAAUAAAUUUGCACAAAACAAUAUUGGAAUUUUGUAUGAAAGAGGUGAAGUGGCUAAUAAGGAUCCAAAAAUGGCUUUUUUCUGGUAUGAAAAAGCAGCAGAAAAUGGGAGCGAAACAGCCUUGUAUAAUUUAGGCGUGUGCUAUGAAAAAGGAAUCGGAACCGGAAGAAAUGAUGUAACAGCUUUUGAAUGUUACAACAAAUCUGCGGAAUGUGGAUAUAUUAGUGCACAAUGUAGAGUUGCAUAUUGUUAUGAUAAAGGAAUUGGAACAAAUGAAGAUAAGGAAGCAGCAUUUGAAUUAUAUAAAGAAGCAGCGGAAAAAGGAAAUAAGAUUGCACAAAAUAAUCUUGGAACCUUUUAUGAAGAAGCACAAUAUAACUUGCGUAGGUGCUAUGAGUAUGAAAUAGGUAUCGGAAAAAAUGAAGUCAUUUCUUUUGAGUUUAGUAAGUCAGUUAAACAUGGAUGUGCAAAUACACAAUAUAAAACAGUAUAUUGUGAUGAUUAUUAUGAUCAAGGAAUUAUUAAAACUGAGGUUAAUGUUGAAAAUUCAUUUAUAUCAUAUAACUAA